AUGGUCCUCGAAGCCACUGCUGUCCAAGCACCACCUCUCAAAUCUCGGUACGAAGAGUACUACAAUCCUCAAUUGGUUCUUGACCAUCCAGAAUUCCGUAUUUUGGACAGCGAUGCUCCUGAAUUGAAAGACAAGAAUGCCAAUGUAGCUUGUGCAUAUAACGAGAAACAUGAAGUUCAUUUAAUUCAUAAACCAAAACCUAAAGCUGGUCCUGGAGAAGCUAUAGUUCACGUUCGAUCAACUGGUAUCUGUGGGUCGGAUGUACAUUUUUGGAAACAUGGUCAAAUUGGUCCUACCAUGAUAGUCAAGGAUGAGACUGGAUCAGGUCAUGAAUCAGCAGGUGAAAUCAUCGAGAUUGGAGAAGAUGUGAAGAACUUCAAAGUGGGUGAUAGAGUAGCUAUUGAAGCGGGUGUUCCAUGCGGUCAAGCAGAUUGUGAUCCAUGUAGAACAGGAAGAUACAACGCAUGUCAACGUGUCGUGUUCUUCUCUACUCCUCCUUACCACGGUACACUCACUAGAUUCCACGCACAUCCCGUUGCGUGGCUGCACAAAAUCCCUGACCACGUUUCAUUCGAAGAAGGAUCUGUGCUUGAGCCAUUGGCUGUAGCGUUGGCUGGAUUAGAGCGAGCAGGUACUAAAUUAGGUGAUCCCGUUGUCAUUUGCGGUGCUGGACCUAUUGGACUCGUGACACUUCUCGCUGCUCACGCAUCCGGUUGUACACCUAUCGUGAUCACCGAUCUCGUCGCAUCCCGUCUUGAAUUCGCCAAAAAACUAGUACCUACAGUCAAGACCGUCCAAAUUCAACGAGAAUGGAAAGCAGAGGAAACUGCUGAGAAAAUCAAAGCUGCAGCUGGAACUGGAAUUAGGGUAGCAUUGGAGUGUACAGGAUUUGAGAGUUCCAUUAGAACUGCGAUCUACUCCCUACUAUUCGGUGGAAAAGUAUUCGUGAUAGGUGUUGGUCCAACUGAGCAAAGUUAUCCCUUCGGUUAUUGUUCGGCCAACGAGAUUGAUCUUCAAUUCCAAUAUCGAUAUGCCAAUCAAUAUCCCAAAGCAAUCCGACUCGUCGCAGGAGGUUUGAUCGACCUUAAACCCCUCGUCACCCAUCGAUUCCCUCUCGAAAAGGCCGUUGAGGCUUUCCACGUAGCUUCUGAUCCUACUCAAGGUGCCAUCAAGGUACAAAUUCAAGAUUAG